AUGAAGACCUCUACGAGACCACCUCUGGUCUCAUCACAUUCUCAUUCUCAUCCUUCUCGGCAUGCCCAUACGAAUAUGCAGUCUUUUAGGGCUAACAGAACUACAACGCCUAUGGCGUCUCCUCGCAUGCCUCAUUCCGUCGGCCAACCUUAUCCCCCUAGUGCCAAACUAUCUCCCGUCAUGACGGAUAUUCGGUCACCAAGCCCCAAUUAUUUCGGCCUAAAUGUUGACCAUUCCAAUGGUGAUAUUCGUGAAUCUGCUGUUGCUCCUCUCGAUCACUGGAGUCCUCCAAGUUCAUCCGUCAAGUCCUUUGGUGCAGCGAUACCAAAGCCAGUGCCCCUCGACGCCAACCCCGAGUUUGAAGCUUUCAGACGUCAAGUCGAUGCGAACCGGUCCAAGGGUUUCAACCUCGGUAGUCAUCAUUUUGCGCCUCUUCAGUCACCUUUAUCUACGAGACCUAGACCCCCGCGUUUGUCGACCAAUCAUAGUGAUAAUUCCUCGGAUCUGUCUAGCUCUAGGUCUUUAAGCGGCAGGAUCCACGAUGGCAGGAUGGACAUCGACACAGACAGCCUACACGACUCUGCGUAUGUAUCGUCAGAUUCGAAGAGGAACUCGGAGGUGUCGCUGAAUCCGCCCUCCUUUAGCAACAUGCCGCGCUUCGAGUCUCCUGCUCGUGCUGACUCUCCCUUUGAGCCUUUGCGAAGGAUAACUUUAUCUAAGACCGAAGACAGGCAUCCUCGACUAUCUCUACCUCAAGAGAAACUUGAACACCCAGUGGAACCCAUGAAACCUCGUGCCGAGACGCUGCCGAUAGCUCUUGAGAGUGGUCCUGGUCUCAUUCUACCAAAUCAACUCAAAGAUAUGCUUAUGAACAUGCCUGAAAAUGAUUAUCUUUUGCUAGACAUCCGUGUAUCGACUCAUUAUGCACAGUCGCGAAUUCGCAGCGCGUUAAACCUCUGUAUACCAACAACUCUUUUGAAGCGAGCUACGUUUAACCUAGAGAAGUUACAGCAAACCCUCCAAACUGAAGAGGAUCAACAUAAGUUUGCGCAGUGGCCAAACGUCAAGUACCUUAUAGUGUACGAUGGUUCAUCAACAGAGAAACGGGAUGCCGUGUCGGCUAUGAACAUGUUCAAGAAAUUUUCAAACGAGGGCUUCUCUGGGAACUCCUUCCUUCUACGAGGUGGCUUUCAUGCCUUUGCGACUGAAUUCCCUACAUUCAUCGAUCACCAGUCGGCGUCACAACGGCCAGGAACUUCUAUUUGCUCUCCGGAAGGUGGACGACCGAGUUUUGCACCCGUGAUCGGUGGUGUAAUGCUCCCAUCUACUGCUAAUAAUCCUAAUCCAUUCUUCAGUAAUAUUCGGCAAAAUAUGGAUCUCGCGGACGGUGUCGGUCAGAUGGAUAUUUCAGUGCCAUCUGGUUUAGAUUCUGAUAUUCUGCCCCAUUGGCUUCAAGACGUGACCAAGUCAUCGGACCAUGGCAAGAAAGCAUCCGAACGGUUCUUACAGAUCGAGCGCAGAGAACAAUCUCGCAUGAAGGAGGCCUACGCAUCCUUUAACACAUCCUCAACCCCAGGUCAGCAUCCCGGCAAAGUCCGCCUUUCUGGAGUGGAGAAGGGUGGCAAAAACCGUUACAAGGACAUUCUUCCCUUCGAACAUGCUCGUGUCCACUUAACCGGUCGACCCGAAGGUGUUUGCGAUUACAUCAAUGCAAGCUACGUUCAAGCCUCGCGAAGCUAUAAGCGUUAUAUUGCGUCACAGGGUCCUCUUCCCGCCACAUUUGAUGAUUUCUGGUCGGUCAUUUGGGAUCAAGAUGUUCGCGUCAUAGUGAUGUUAACCGCGGAAUCGGAAGGCGGUCAGCUUAAAUGUCAUUCAUAUUGGCAGAAUAGGGAGUUUGGAUCCAUUAGACUGAAGCCAUUAUCUGAAAAGAAGGUAUCGCUUGAUAUUGACAAGCAUCGGUCAGCACCUGGGGCUGCGUCAUCCGCAAGCAACACGUCGGAGUAUGGGCGACGCCGUGCUAACACCACAACUACAUUCGAGUCUGCCCAGAGCAUCCAACCUCCCCAGUCCCAAUCCGAAGCUCCUUUCGUUAUCGUUAGGAAGUUCGCGCUGUCACACUCGGCUCACCCUUUCUCUCCUAUACGUGAGAUUACUCAACUUCAAUACGCAUCAUGGCCCGAUUUUGGUGCACCGGCUCAACCAUCACACCUGCUGGCCCUCGUUGAACUAGCCAAUGUGAUGCAACGCGCGGCGUUACCCGUUAACGCGAACUCGAUCGCUGCAUCAGUUGCUACUGAGAACCCGGCCGCUAUGGGUUGGUACGAAGAGCCCGAAUCCGACGUGAAUGCUCGACCGAUGCUUGUGCAUUGUUCUGCUGGUUGUGGUCGAACGGGUACCUUCUGCACGGUUGACAGUGUAAUAGACAUGCUAAAACGACAGCGUCUGGCAACGAUGAAUCGGUCGGAUGCAGAUGGAGAUGUGAGCAUGACUGAGAGCUCUCAUGUUCGUCGUAGAAGCGGCGCAGCAAAUGGCCUGAGGCUUAAGUUAGGGGACUCUGGACAUAGGGAAAUAGAAACCAGUUGGCUCGAGGACGCGAACCUUGAUUUGAUUGAGACGACUGUGGAGGAUUUCAGACGACAGCGACUAAGCAUGGUCCAGAGCUUACGGCAAUUCGUGCUUUGCUACGAGACCGUGGUUGAAUGGGUCUGGAGAAUCCAGGAGAGGAACGAUCGUUUGCCCGGAGGCAGGGGACGGCCACGGAGCGAGAUUCUAGAGUUCCGAAGGUGA